AUGGAGAGAGCAAAUGGCCCUGGUCUACAGCUCCAGCCGCUUGCAACAUUGUCUGCACCACGGCUAGCUCAUGAGGAUUCCUUCUCUUACAAGGUAAAGUUAUUUUCCAUCCUAGAUUAUUAUCGAGGUUGCUGCAGGACAAAGGUGCAGGUAAAGAGACUUCUUUUGAAAGAAGUAAUGAGUGUGAGUUGCUGGACAUUUACAAUGAAAGCCUUCUUACCCAGCCUCCAGUUUUCUCAAGGUUUUUUGAGAAAGAUAAUAAUAUUUACCAAAAUAUAUACCAAAUAGUUUAUUUAUUCAAUAACCCAAAAGUUUUCAGGCUGACAAAAACACAAAAAGUUUAACAUCCUCACAGCUAUUAAUUUCAGUUUCUAUUCAUUUAUUAAAUGGAUAUUUAAUAUUUAAAAGAAAGGAGGCUGAAAGGAAAGUCAGUGUGGAGGAAGCAAAAAAGAAUCAUGUCAAAGGUAUCUUUUUUGCAGAUGCCACCAGUGGUAUGUGAGGCAUUCUGAUAAAGCAAUGCUCCAGCUGUUAUUAACCCAAUUUGGUCCCCUUUUUUCUCUUUUAUUGAAGGAUAUCUUAAUGCCAUCAUCAACACUGAAGGUAUUUGUGGAGGGGAUAUAUUAAUUGAAAAUGUCUAGUAAACCGAUAGGGUGGCGCUGUGGGUAAAACCUCAGUGCCUAGGGCUUGCCGAUCGCAUGGUCGGCAGUUCAAAUCCCCGCGGCGGGGUGAGCUCCCGUCUUUCGGUCCCAGCUCCUGCCCACCUAGCAGUUCGAAAGCACCCCUAAGUGCAAGUAGAUAAAUAGGUACCGCUUUCUAGCGGGAAGGUAAACGGCGUUUCCGUGUGCUGCGCUGGUGCUGGCUCGCCAGAGCAGCUUCGUCACGCUGGCCACGUGACCCGGAAGUGUCUUCGGACAGCGCUGGCCCCCGGCCUCUUAAGCGAGAUGGGCGCGCAACCCCAGAGUCGGACACGACUGGCCCGUACGGGCAGGGGUAGCUUUACCUUUUUAGUAAAACGAUGCCUAGUAAACCAGAUUGGUAGCUGGGUUGCUAUUGAGGGUAUUUGGCAAGCCAACAUGACAGUGAUGACAGAUUGAGGAUUGGAGUGAUCAUUCUGUGAUAUUAUGGCAGUGGACAAAGCUGUAUUUAACUUUUGAAUAAAUGUGCUGUUGUUAUAAUAAUAAUAAUAAUAAUAAUAAUAAUAAAAUAGCCAAGACUGCAGAAAAAAUACUUUGAUUUAUUACAUAUUUUCCCCAUUGCAAGUGGUUACAGUCAUGUUUUCAGGACAGAUAGACAAAAGAAAGUUCUUCUUCACAUAGUGCAUAGUUAAACCAUGGAAUUCAUUUCACUAAGAGGUAAAGAUGGCCACCAACUUGGAUGGCUUUAAAAGAGGAUUAGCCUGCAUGGAGGCAAAGGCUAUCAGUAGCUACUAACCCUCUUGGCUAUGUUCUGCUUCCAGGGUUGUAGGCGAUAUGCCUCUGUUUACCAGUUGCUGGAAACAGCAGGAGGGAGAGUGUAGUUGUGCUCAGGUCUGCUUCUGGGCUUCCCAUAGGCAUCCUGUUGGCCACUGUGAGAACAGGACAAGCCUGCUGAGAGGUUUAGAAAGUUAGUAGGCAUCUUAAUUUGUUUUAGUCUGUUUUACUGCAGUUUUAGCCAUCUGUAAAGAUUCUAGAUAGGUUGGUCCUUUGACCUGACUGCCAGAGCUCUUAAUUUUUUCGUGUAUAAGACGCCCCCAUGUAUAAGACACCCCCUAUUUUGGGGGACUCCAAAUUAAGAAAACACCCCUCAGCACUACCCGUGUAUAAGACGAGCCCCAAUUUUAAACCUACCGUAAUUUUUUGGUAAAAAAAACCCCUAGUUUUAUACAUGGAAAAAUACGGUAUGUUCCUCCUCUAAGCGGCUCAGCGUGACGAACAAGCUUCUCUCUGCCAUUUUAUCCUCACAACAACCCUGUUUUGUAGGUUCCCCUUGUCCUCCGAGGGCAAUCCAGGGAACUUCAAGGCUAAAUGGAGAUUUGAACCUGGGUCUCCCUGGACUUAGCUCAGCACUCUUAACCACUACACCACUUCAGUUCUUUCCGUGAAGAAGGUUCCUAAAUUGGUCUCAGUUAAGCUGUGCUUUCAAAUUUUUAAUUUAGUGUUUUUAAAAUGGUGUGUUGAAUGCCUGCUUGGGGUUAGUUUCUGCUUUGGCACUGCUGCCUUGCAUUCGAGAGCUGCCUGGAAGGAUCAGGGCAGGGAUGGAAGAAGUUUCCUUUGCAUUGACCUGCAAAAUCAAGCUGGCUAAGAAACCAGCAGAAUCUGCUAUAGUUAUAUUUAUAGAAGCCAGAGUAAGUUGCCGCUUGGGCUGCUGCUGUUGUCAUUCCAUUCUUGGGUCUUAGGGGGAGGCCCUCAGGCCUGUUCAUCAGCUCAGUUGAUAGCUCAGUUGGUUAGAGUGUGGUUCUGAUAAUGCCAAGGUUGCAGGUUCAGUUCCCAUAUGGGACAGCUGCACAUUCCUCCAUUGCAAGGUUUUAGACUAGAUGACCGUCAGGGCCCCUUCCAAAUCUAUGGUUCUAUGUUCUAUGCUUCACCACAGUUUUGAUGUGCAGUGCAUGAACAUGAUAAUGAUGGUGAUGAUGAGUUCUUCAUAAUAUAUUUUUAUAUCCCACCUUUCUCCGAACUUGGGAUCCAAGGCCACUUCCAACACUUAGAAACAUCAUUGUAAAAAGUUACAGUAUUUAAAAAUGGAGUUUUUGCAAAGAAAGCUCAACAACUUUGCCCCAAAAAACUCAACAAUCCUGUGUAAAUUUGGGCUGAGUACACACUGUACAUUUAAAACACACACACCAGAAAAAAAGAAACCUGGGUUUUUUGACUUGUUAAGGGUGCUGCAAUUUGUAGCUCUGUUGGGGUUAGUUCCCAGGAUUCGGGGCGGGAGAAAGUCAUGCAUUUCAAAUGUAUGAUGUGUACACAGCCUUAGAUUCAUUUUUUUAAGGUCCUUAAUGUAAUAGUACCUGAUUUAACAUGUGACGGCUGAGUUGCUUUUUAUCUUUUAGUUACACACAUAGCCUAAAUAAAUAUACAUAGGUUUUGUGUUUACACACAUGGUUAUAUGCUUCCUAGGUAUAGUCACAUUUUUUAAAAACCCUUAAUCACAUCUUUGAAAGAGCACAGCUUGAAGAGUAUUGUAUCCCUUCAUUGUGUUACUAACUAACUUUUCUGAAACAAUGCACAGGAUUUUUCCCAUGGAGAAAAAAACAUCACAGAGAAAUUUCUACCUAGAAUCAUAGAGUUGGAAGAGACCACAAGGGCCAUCGAGUCCAACCCCCUGCCAAGCAGGAAACCUGACAUGACUGUUGGAGGGGAGGCUGUGACUUGGGGAGACAUGAAAAGGGGGGGCAGCUGAGCUUUCUGCUUGCUCCACAGUGUCCUAAACCAGACAAAAGCACAUGACAGUGUAUGGAUAUUACCUUAAUGUACUACUGACAGACAAUACAAAGUAAUUUAGCAUUCCAGUGUUGCAUGCUCCUGUUCCCUGCAGUGCUGUCCAGUGUGCUUCACCAGUCUCUGGCUUAAGCCCCCUUGUAAGAACAUAAGAAGACCCUGCUGGAUCAGGCCAGUGGCCCACCUAGUCCAGCAUCCUGCUCUUAAAGUGGCCACCUGAGUGCCUUUGGACUCUCCCCUCUGUUGUUUCUAGCAAUUGGUAAGCAGAGGCUUGCUGCCUACAACAGUGGAGGUAGACCAUAUCCAUCAGGGUUAGUAGCCCUUGAUAUCUUUCUCCAUGUCUAAUCCCUUUUUAAAGCCAUCCAAGUUUGUGGCUACCUCUUGUGGGAAUGAAUUCCAUAAUGUUGAUACACUUUGUGAAGAAGAUGUACAUUUCUUUUGUCCAUCCUGAAUCUUCCAAUAUGCAGCUUCAUUUGAUGGGUCCACAAGUUCUAGUGUUAAAGGUAAAGAACCCCUGACAGUCAAGUCCAGUCACGGACAACUCUGGGGUUGUGCGCUCAUCUCACUCUAUAGGCCGAGGGAGCCGGCGUUUGUCCACAGACAGCUUUCUGGGUCAUGUGGCCAGCAUGACUAAGCCACUUCUGGCGAACCAGAGCAGUGCACGGAAACACCGUUUACCUUCCCGUCGGAGCGGUACCUAUUUAUCUACUUGUACUUCAUGUGCUUUUGAACUGCUAGGUGGGCAGGAGCAGGGGCAGAACAACGGGAGCUCACCCCGUCAUGGGGGUUCUAACUGCCGACCUUCCGAUCGGCAAGCCCUAGGCUCUGUGGUUUAGACCACAGCUUUCACCAUGCCAUGCCUAAUUUUAUACAGUUCUGUCAUGUCUCCUCUUAUUCACCUUUCCUCCAAGCUACAAAGCCCAAAAGGCUGCAACCUUUCUCACAGGGAAGUCGCUCCAUCCCCUUUAUCAUUUUGGUUGCCCUGCUCUGAACCUUCUCCAACUAUACAAUAUAUCAUUUUUGAGGCACCCACUAUGGAAUACACUUGGUGUACACUGUUGAAUUGUGUAACUGACUGAAUUGUUAGGUCUUCAAAAUAAUUUCAAGUUAAAGGUUUGUAUUAGUUUGAAUAGGACAUUUAAACCACACUAAGGCUGCUGUCUGCUUAAAACAGCAUAAUCCUGUGCAUGUCUACUCAGAGGUAAGUCCUAUGGAGUCCAGUGGGGCUUACUCCCAGGUAAGGGGUACAGAACUUCAGCCUAACUGUGCAAUCCUAAGAUUGGCCCCCGGGAGAACUGAAGGCAGUUCAUUUGCCGUAUCCAUCACCUUGCUGGACUCUAGCCCGCACGAUGGAAGUGAGGAGUGCUCUUGUGCUUCUUUCCCUUUAGCCAACAAGGGGGGGGGGGAAGGAUUGAGCUAAAUAAAAAGAAGGGAAAGGGAUUGGGCUAAAUGACUCCAGGACUAGUGUAAUUUAUUGUCCAGCUCAGGGGGAAAGGGAUUGUGGGAAGGACUAGUAGGUAGGAGAGAACCCAUUGCCGUGAUUGGUGGCUGAAUUUGCUUCCCUUUGGCACAGUGUUAUGAUGAUGUUGUAAGCCACCUUGGCAGAAUUUGAAUUUGUUUGACUAUUUACAUUGAAACUGUCCUAAGGCUGCAGACUGAUAGCUACUUAUGUCACAGACAUGUACAUGUCAACUCGGAAGAAAGUCCCAUGCUAUCAAGCCUUAUACAUACUUGGCCAGUCAAGCAUGUUUUCUGUAGGUGCAGGUGGGGUAGAAAGCUAAUACCUGCAUAUAUCAUUUUUUCUUGCAGGAAAACCUGAUUGGUGCCCUGCUGGCUAUUUUUGGACACCUCGUUAUCAGCAUCGCACUCAACCUCCAGGUGAGCGGUGGGGGAAACAAAAGCAAAAGGAUUCCAGAGCAAACCUCAGCAGCAAAAUAAUAAUAAUGCCACUGUGACUUCUUGUUGCCUUUUCCCCUUGUCUCUUUAGAAAUACAGCCAUAUCCGGCUGGUGGGUUGCAAAGACCACCGAGCCUACUUCAAGACCAAGACAUGGUGGUGUGGCCUGUUCCUGCUGUUCCUGGGGGAGCUGGGGGUCUUCUCUGCCUAUGCCUUUGCGCCCCUUUCCCUGAUUGUGCCACUUGGUGCCGUGUCUGUUAUAGGUAAACGUAUCUUCACACAAGUUUGUCUUAUUUAAGAAGCUUAUAGGGGAAGGGGAAGGGGGACACAGAAGGCAGAGUGUGGCUUUCUUCUUAAAUAUGUAUACAUACAUACUUAUGUGUGUGACAUUUCACAAGCCUCCAGUUUGACUUAAUGUUUAAUCCUUACCAUUUUUCUAGGUGCUCCAACUUAUGGGUCUGUUUUUAGAACAUUUUCUUAUAUCAGAGAUAGGGAAUCUUUUUGGCUUGGUGGGCCAGGUCGCAGCCCAACUUUGUCAGGUGGGUGGGGCACCCCACCUAUCAAUCUUCUGACAUCAUCAUGAUGUCAGGUGAUUGAUUGAUUGAUUGAUUGAUUGAUUGGUUGGUUGGUUGCUUGAUUGAUAGGUGGUUUGUCUUGCCCACCUGCUGAAAAUCCCCUGCGUGGUGUUUUCCAAGUUCUUGACAGCCAACUGGUUGCCAAGCAUUUAGAAAGUGCAGUGCAAGGGGAUUUGCCAGCCCAGUACUCAAGCCUAGGGCAGACAAAGCUGCUUUCUGCAGGGAUUGACUGCGGGGAAACUUGUUUGUGCAACCAAUCCCACUGUGUAUCUGCCAGCCCCACACCUGAUGUCACAUAUGAUGUCAGCUGUGGGAUAGGUGACCAUCGUUUGGGGAGCACUGCAUUAUGGGCCAAAUUAGGACCCAAGUCAUGCCAAAUUUGUGUUAUAGUUACUUUAUAUAUUUAUAUUAUAUUUGGGACGCGAGUGGCGCUGUGGGUUAAACCACAGAGCCUAGGACUUGCUGAUCAGAAGGUCGGCGGUUCGAAUCCCCGUGACGGGGUGAGCUCCCAUUGCUUGGUCCCUGCUCCUGCCAACCUAGCAGUUCGAAAGCACAUCAAAGUGCAAGUAGAUAAAUAGGUACCGAUCCGGCGGGAAGGUAAACGGCAUUUCCGUGCGCUGCUCUAGUUUGCCAGAAGCAGCUUAGUCAUGCUGGCCACAUGACCUGGAAGCUGUAUGCAGGCUCCGUUGGCCACUAAAGUGAGAUGAGCUCCGCAACCCCAGAGUCGUCCGCGACUGGACUGGUCAGGGGUCCCUUUGCCUUUACCUUUAUAUUAUAUUUGUUAUGUUUUUAUUUUGUGGUUAUAUUUGUUUUAUAGCUAUCUAUAUAUAGAUAGAGUUUAUAUUUGUACUUAUAUGUAUUCUGUUUGUUGGUGGCUUUGCAAGCUGCCUUUGCAAGGGUUUGCACCCUAAAAGGGAAGCUAUAUAAGUACUUUACUCUCCCUCGUGUUAAUAACAUCCUUCACCUUUCAUUAUUUUCUCACUUAGCAAGUGCAAUCAUUGGAAUCAUAUUCAUUAAGGAAAAAUGGAAGCCGAAAGACUUCUUGAGUAAGUUCUGGAUUUUAAAAUACCUUUUUAGCUCCGGCGUAGAAUGUGGCUUUCUGUUGCUGCUUUUCCUUUGCUUCCUCCUCACUCUCUUCUGCAUGUGUGUACAAGUUGAUGAGAAUUGGUUCCUGGCACUCAGUCCUGGAAGCUCCUGUUGUUCUUGCAAAUUGCUUUUUCUUCUUUCUUGGCUGCUAAUUUGUUAGGAAUGACCGUGUGAGGGCAGGCUAGCUUUUCAUUGUUUCGGAGAUGCAGAGCUUAAAUUUGUGAGUGUUGCUAGCUCAGCUGCCUGCAUGUAGUAGUUCUGUGGCACGCUGAGAGCCUGAAUAAGAGGAAAGGGGGAGUUUGCAGACACUUCUUUGCCUGGAGGCUUGUCUCCCUUCUGAUCAGGGGCUGUGCACAAGCUGGUGGAAGGGAGCCUGGCUGGAGCCAGCUGCGGUAGCUAGGGUGGCACAACCUGGACAAGAUGGGCAUUGAAGAUCAUGUGGCCAUUAAAUAAAAUAGCAAUAAGUUACAUUAAGGUGUUCCCUCCCCCUUUCUCAGCUCUAAUUAAACUGGGUGGGUGUUUAAGGUGCAUGAUGAAAUCUAGGUCUCUGUGUAUGCAGAGGCUUAGAGGGGGCAGAAGGCCAGGCAAGGGGGCACUUGGAGCAUCUAGUGGGUUCUGUGCCAGCAGCCCAACGCAGUAAAGCAAAUUCAGUCAAUGAAUACUGCUGGCCAGCCUUACAGGAUCAGGAAGAGACAGGAAUAUAUAAAACUGAACAUAAGCAAUUUUUGCAUAACAGGUUCUGAGCAGGAUCAGUUUGAGAAGUGAAAAUGUCAGGCACUGCUGGCAGUAUUCUUAAAUGUUCAGAACCAUUCUUAUCUAGCUUAUUUAUAUAUAUUCCUCUCUCUCUGUCGCUCUCUAUAUGUAUGAAAUUGCUAUUUAUGACUCUGCAUCUAUGACUACUGGAGAGACUUGGCAUGAAUUUUCUUCAGAGUUUUGCACACCGCUACAGAAACCAAAACAGUUUAGCUUUAUUUUACUCUGGAUUUUGCAGAAUUUUAGCAUUUUUAUAGCAAAUAGCACAGUACUUGCAAAAGACUGAGUAGUCUAUAUACCACUAGCAAUCAAUAGAUCUCAAAGUGGUUUGCAUUUAAUAAAAUCCAAGUGCCUAGGUAUACAAUAAACACAAUCUCAAGCAUUCUUAAGUAAGAAGAAAAUCAAAUUAUAUAGAUAUUAUGCUGUUUUGUAUUUAUCACAAUAAUCAUAUCCAUACAAAAUUCAAAGAAAAAGAAAAGUAUGAGUGCACAUAUAUAUAUAUGUCAGAAUUGCUAUGCAAAGCAAACUCUCAAACAAUAUCCAUAUCUCUUAACUAUAAUCGUAGUUGUUAUAAAGUUGUUAUAAAAUUGUUAUAAAAUUCUGAAAAACAAAUGUGUGUGUGUGUAGUUGUUAAACAAAAAUCAAGCUCUCAAUAAUAUUCAACCAUCCUCACAAUCUCAUUCUCACUCCCUUACAAAUAGCCAUUACACAUUUAUUUAUUUCAACCAUUUAUAUAUCUUGUAUUUUUAUCUUGUGAACUUCCCUGAUGAAGGGUAGUAUAUAAAUCUAAAUAAUAAUAAUAAACUAUUUAAAACCAGAUUUUUCUUUCAUAAAUCCCUUCCACACACCAGCCAGUAAUAAUCAAACUCAUCAGUCAUCAAUAACAUGGACUAGUCCAUGACUCCUCCCAUUGUCCUUGUCUUGUGUAUGUCGUCCAAACAGCCACAGGCCUCUGAACUAACCCACUAACACAGCUUCUCCUCCCUUCCUCCUGCCAAAGGGCGCUAUGUUUUGUCCUUCAUAGGCUGUGGCUUGGCUAUUGUCGGGACAUACCUGCUGAUAACCUUCGGGCCUAACAGUCAUGAGACCAUGACAGGAGAGAACAUCACUAAGCACUUGGUCAGCUGGCCGGUUCUCUUGUAUAUGGUAAGGAGGCCAGUCUUGGAGUGAUACUAUCUGGGGUGCUUUGCCUACAUCCAAGAAUCUGCUUGCCUAGUUUGGGGUUUUAAGGAAAAACGUUGCCCAUGGCUUUUUUUUUUUUAACAGGGAAACCCAUGCAGGUUUGGAUAUAGAAAAGGGUUAUGGGUCUCCUUACAGCUGCCCACACUUUCUGAAACUGGCGUCCUUAAAUUUUGGAGAAUCAAAGACCCUUUACUGGCUUUACUGGCAAUCACUUGAAAGAUUUUAUUUCCCUAGGUUUUUAUCCUACACUAACAAACUGUCUCUGAGCUGAGGCCCAAAGGGUGUGUCAUCUCAACCUCUUCCACUUCAUUUUCAUAGCUGGAACAUCCUAAGAUGCCCAUGUGGUUCCCUCUAGAUACUGUUGGACAUCAACUUCCACCAGCCCCUACCAGCAUGGCCACUGGUCAGGAGUUCUGGGAGUUGUAGUCUAGCAACAUUUGGAAAGCAUACCACAUUGGCUACUUCUUAAGCAGAGGAAUGUGGGUUGAGGUGGGGACAGAGACCCCCUGCAACAGUGUAGAGGAGGGUGGAAAGAACAGCAUAUUGGGAUUGGAUGCUGGAGACAAAUGGCGGGUGGCUUUGUUGCUGUCCUAGGUGAAUUAAGAGCUCCAUCAUGCACCUGCUUGUGAGCUUCUCAUUGUUGCUUGAAACAGGAUGCCAGGCCAGAUGAAACUUGGCUCUGGUCCAUCAGGGCUUCCUUUACAUUCGUAAAGACUGAAAAUGGCAGAGCAUGUGCCUGGGGAAGAAGUAAAUCCCAGGGAGGGCAUAUUCACAUUGCAUAAGGCUACCUCCUUACUAAAGAGAAGCAGGUCCGAGGUCUGGUUGGAUGGGUGACCAACUGGGAAGCACUGCCUCGGGUUCCAUGACAGAAGAAAGGCAGGAUAUAAACGGAAGAGGACAAAAAUGCAUACCUUUGUGCUAUGUAAAACACUGUAACUUUCUAUGUGCCGAAAUAUAUAAAAAGAUAAAAAAAUUGUCCAGUAGCACCUUUGAGACCAAUUAAGUUUGUUCUUGGUAUAAGCUUUUGUGUGCAUGUACACUUCUUCAGAUACCAACCACCAAGGUGCUACUGGACAAUUUUUAAUUUUUUUAUAUAUAUUUCAACUGCAUCAGACCAACAUGGCUACCUACCUGUUUCUAUGUGCCGUCAGGGUAGGAUGGAAAUUGGAGGGGGAAAACAAAAUUCCCAGCUUGCUGCGAAAUGAAGUAGCUGUCGCCCAUUCUUUUUCCAUUUCCCAAAUGUAGUCGCCUCUCCAGUUCUUAACAAAACUAAAGUGUGUGUUGACUUGUUUGUUUUUAUAGCCCAUAUUUAUUUCUGCAUGGUCUUUUUCUUCUUCUUCUUUCUCUUAGCUGGUAGAGAUAAUCAUUUUCUGCCUGCUGUUGUAUUUCUACAAAGAGAGGAAAGCUAACUAUAUUGUGGUGAUUCUGCUGUUGGCAGCACUCCUGGGUAAGCUUCACGCAUGCGCUAUGUUCACACAACAUUGAAGUUUCAAGCACGUGGCUUAAUCUUCCAACCACUGUGUCUGUUGAGUCAGAGUAGGCCUGUGGUUAGUUGGCUGCCUAGCUUGUUUGUCAAAACUUUUAUACCACCCUUCUUCCUAAUGGGUCCCAGGGGUAAGGUGCACAUAUUACCAAAAACAAAGCAAUGCCCGCUGCCCAUAUCGGAAUUGAAAUUCAUGAAUUAUGAAAGCAGGGCUAAUGCAGCAUAGUUCUGUGUAUUUUUAUUCCAGUAUCCCUGCUGUUGUAAAGCAAACAAACAAAAACAGCCUUUGUUUGUUUGUUUGUUUGUUUGUUUGUUUGUUUGUUUGGAGAACACAUAGCUACAAUUGUCAGAGCUGCUUUCACAGUCGGUCCUUCUUGGUGAACUUGGGAAUUGUAGCUCUCUGAGGGGAAUAGAGGUUUCUUAACAACUCUCAGCACUCUUAACAAACUACACUUCCCAGGAUUCUCUGGGGGAAGCCAUGCCAGUUUAAAGUGAUAUGGUACUGCUUUAAAUGCAUAGUGCAAAUGGAACUGUAGUCAAAUGGUGGAAUUUGCUCUCACAAGAGAUAGGGAUAGCCACCAACUUGAAUGGCUUUAAAAGAGGACUAGGCUCAUUCAUGGAGGACAAGGACUAUGUUUGACCUCUACUGCCAGAGGCCUUAUGCCUCUGAAUACCAGUUGCUGGGAAUGGCAAGUGGGGAGAGUACAGUUGUGCUCAGGUCCUGCUUGCAGGCCUCCCAAGAGCAUACAAGGACCCCUAGACUGUUAGGUCCUGUCAAAGGCGACUGUGGGGUGUGGCGCUCAUCUCGCUUUCAGGCUGAGGGAGCCAGCAUUUGUCCACAGACAGCUUUCCAGGUCAUGUGGCCAGCAUGACUAAACUGCUUCUGGUGCAGUGGAACACUGUGACAGAAGCCGGAGCACAUGGAAAUGCUGUUUACCUUCCCGCCACAGCAGUACCUAUUUAUCUACUUGCACUGGUGUGCUUUCGAACUGCUAGGGUGGCAGAAGCUGGGACGGAGCAACGGGAUCUCACCCUGUUGCACCACUGACCUUCUGAUCAGCAAGCGCAAGAGGCUCAGUGGUUUAGACCACAGCGCCACCUGCGUCCCUCUGGCUGGCCAAUGUGAGAACAGGAUGCUGGCCUACAUGGGCCACUGGCCUCAUCCACCAGGACUCUAAUGUUCCUGUUGGUGGGACUUGUGGGACUCGUUACCAUUGGACGUUUUGCUUCCUGUGACUGUCAUUUUCCUUGUUCCCUAGUGAUGGGAGGGUUGUUGUCUUAAAUAUGUUUUAGGUUCUAUGACAGUCAUCACAGUGAAGGCAGUGGCAGGCAUGGUGGUGGUUUCGAUACGAGGGAACCUCCAGCUGGGCUACCCCAUUUUCUACAUCAUGGUGGUUUGCAUGGUGGCAACGGCAUCCUUUCAGGCAACGUAAGUGGCUCAGAGCUUCCUUCCUCUCCCUUUUUCUAAGAGCAACCUUAUUUUCCAGCUGUAGCGUACAACUGAAUGUCAGCAUAAUUGAAAUUUAAUUAAAAUGAAUAAUACAUUAAAGAGCAGCCCCAGGGGGGAAAGCUAGGUAAUUGUAUUGUUCGUUGUUAUUACUGGCAGUGGGCCUUUUAGUAGCUGUUAGCUACUUUUCCUCUUCUGCAAAGUACCUUGUGACAUUUUAAGGAUACAUUUGAGGAACGCCUUCCCGUUGCUUACAGUCAAUGUGCUGCAGUGCAGAAAAAUUGCCCUUUUGGGUCAGACCAAACAACCACCCAUUCUGACACUCUGGCUGCCGAGAGUGACCAACUAGACAGCCAACCUCCGUCAUCGUUUCUUAGCAUCUGGUGAUCUAAGAUCUGCUGCCCCAGGACGUCGAGGUUUUGUUCUUAGCUACCAAGGCAUAGAUAGGUAACUUUUAGCUUACCAAGCCUGAUCUGUGUCUGUUAAGAAAAGAAAAAGCAUUUGAGGAUGGGUUAGUGCAGACUGAAGGGGAAAGCAAUCAAGGGGGGAAACUAUAGAGCAGCGUUGGGGAGUCUUUAGCCCUCCAGAUGUUGGACUCCAACUCCCAACAACCCCAGCCAGUAUUGUCAGUGGUCAGGGGUGAUGGGAGCUGUAGUCUAGCAACAUCUGAAGAUCCACACAUUCCUCAAACCCUGCUGUAGAAGGAAAACUUUAUAGGCUAGUAAGCUGGAGCUAAAGUGUGCCCCAGGAAUUAUUGUUGUUGUUGUUGUUUUGUUUUGUUUUGUUUUGUUUUGUUUAUUGUUGUUAUUAUUACCCACCCUUCAUUCUGUAACUGAUGUGGAAUAAUUCAUAAGGUUUUCAGAUGAAUACAGUGUCUGCUUUAAUGGAGACUAAAAGGAAUCAACGAUUGUUAUGAUUAGGUCAGCCUCUUUUGAGCUGUACGUAUAAAUAUUAGCUGGAUACCUAAGCAUAGACACCUGGAUUCAAAUCUCCACUUGGCUGUAAAAUGCCCUGGGUGAUUAUCUGAACCUAAUGUAAAUUACAGGAUAUGGGGGGGGGGGGAGCACAUGUCUUCCAUUCUGAGCUCCUUGGCAGGUGGUGGUGCAAACAUGUAAUAACAAAUGGAGACUUGGUGAUGCCCACUGGCUUAGAUAGCUUUUUAAAAGAAGUUGGACAGAAGAAUGCAAUAUAAAAUCAUAUUGAUGGCUGUUUUAGCCAUAGCUGAUAAAUGGAACCUCCAACUUCGGAGGCAGUGUACAUCUGUAUACUUAUUGCUAGGGGGUAUGUGAUAGAAGAGGGCUCUUACCUAUCAGUUUGACCCUCUGCUUUUCUUAUAUUUAAAUAAUGUUUUUAACAACAUACUCCUUAAACAAAUUGAUUGCAUGCCUGUUUAAUUCUUACCACCUGGCCUGGGGCGGGGCCUGAAGCCUCAUAAGGACUGCUGUGCUCAGCUGCCCAGGAGGACUCUCCUGUGUGAGUGUCUGAGGGCCCUGCUCUUGCCGCUUACCACCUACCUGGCCCAGGGCGGGGCCUGAAGCCUCAUAAAGACUGCUGUGCUCCGCUGCCCAGGAGGACUCUCCUAUGUGACUGUCUGGGGGCCCUGCUCCUUCCUGCCACUUACCACCUGACCCAGGGCAGGGCCUGACGGGCCUCACUAGGACAGUUGCUGUUACUGCUGGAGGGGUGCAGAGUGCUUUUAAAAUGUUUUUAAAAUUUUCUUUUGAAUUUUUUGUAUGUGGGGUGGGGGUGGGAUGGAUGUUUAUUGGGCCUGGGAAUUUGUUUGAUUUUAUGUUUUUGUAAUUUUUACUGUUUUUUGUUUGUAUUGUUUUAUUGGUUUUUUGUUUUUUUUAAGGUGUUAUUUUGUUCUUAAGGGGAGGGGUCAGGGCUGCUGGGGAGUAGGUCCCAGCCAACAAAAUGGCUGGGGCAUGUUCCACAGGAGGGGAUGCACUGGGACAACCGAUCUCAGUGAUCACGGGUAGGAGGAGGAGUUACGCUAAGACCAGACCAUGUCAUUACAGAGGAGGCAGGUUUAGUCGCUGUCUGAGGACUAUCCCUGCCUCCGGGUCUGGUCCUGACUGGAUGGAUACUAAAAUCAGCAAGGGAUACCCACAUGACCUGAAGGUGCUGCUGUGCAAUGCCAGGUCAAUGAUUCAUAAGACCGCUGCCAUCCAUGACUUGAUCAUGGAUGGAGGACUUGACCUGGCAUGUGUAACAGAGACUUGGUUGGAUGAAGCAGAUGGGCCUGUCCUUGCCGCUGCUUGUCCACCAGGUUUCUCUUACGCACAGCAACCCAGGUCAUGUGGGCAGGGAGGGGGGGGUUGCAGUGAUUUUUAGGAAGUCGUUAGUUUGCACCAGGCGUCCUAUUGGGAAGACCCAGUUUUCCGAAUGCAUGUUCUGGAAGUUGGGCAAUAGGGGCAGUACAGGAUUCCUUUUGGUGUACUGACCUCCCCGCUGCACCAAGGAUUCCCUGCCCGAGCUGCUUCAGGUUGUGGCGGAUGUUCUCCUGGAGACACCUAGCUUGGUUGUCCUAGGGGAUUUUAACAUCCAUGCCGACACGACCUUACAAGGGGCCGCUCGGGACUUCGUGGAAAGCAUGGCCUCCAUGGGGCUGUCCCUGAAUAAGUCUGGUCCAGCCCAUAGCCGCGGACAUGCCUUGGACCUGGUGUUUACCUCUAUGGAUGUUGGUGAUCUGACACUAAGUAAAAGCGAAACGAAAGAAGUGCCAUGGUCAGAUCACUUCCUGGUCCAACUGGACUUCUCUGCGACCCACCCCCUCUGCAGGGAGGUGGGAACGAUUCGGAUGGCCCGCCCCCGCCACUUAAUGGAUCCAAAUGGUUUCCAGAGAGUGGUAGGGGAUGCUUUAUCCCAUGUUGAUGGCCUUUCAGCCGAUUCCCUGGUGGCCCGCUGGAAUGUGGAGUUAACCAGGGCUAUUGACUGUUUGGCUCCGAAGCGCCCUCUCCGAAUGCAUGGAGCCUGGACAGCCCCGUGGUUUUCCACGGAUCUGAGGGCAAUGAAACAAUCGUUGAGACGGCUAGAGCGCCGGUGGCGGAUAACUCAUUCCGAAUCUGACCGGACACAGGUUAGAGCUCAACGUCGAGCCUACCAAGUGGCGAUAGCGACGGCGAAGAAGACUUUCUUCGCUGCCUCUAUUGCAUCUGCAGAAAACAGCAGCAGGAGACUUUUUCAGGUGGUUCACAAUUUAGCGGAACCACCUGCGACGUCGGGGCCCAGUACGGGCCACAUGAUCUUCUGCAAUGAUUUUGCAAAGUUUUUUGCAGAUAAAAUCGCUCAGAUUCGGGAAGAAGUAGACUCCACCGUGGGAGCAGGGCCGGGGUGGGAGAGUGCUAGAGUCCUGUCUAGUCAAGUUGUGUGGGAUCAAUUCCAAUCUGUUACCUCCGAGGAUGUGGACAGGCUGCUUGGACGAGUGAAGCCAACCACCUGUCUCCUGGAUCCUUGCCCAUCCUGGCUUAUAAAAGCUAGCCGGGAAGGACUGGGCGAUGGGCUUUGUGGGGUGGUGAAUGCUUCCCUCCGUGAGGGAGCCUUCCCAGACCCGCUGAAAGAGGCGGUUAUUAAACCGCUUCUUAAAAAACCAUCUUUAGAUGCGGCCACGAUGGCCAAUUAUCGCCCAGUCUCAAAUCUUCCAUUCUUGGGCAAGGUGAUUGAGCGAGUGGUUGCUGAACAACUCCAGGCACGCCUGGAAGAAGCGGACCAUUUGGAUCCCUUCCAGUCGGGAUUCAGGCCUCAUCAUGGGACUGAAACUGCCUUGGUCGCACUGGUUGAUGAUCUCCAGCGGGCUAGAGACAAAGGUGAGAGCUGUUUCCUAGUUCUGCUGGAUCUCUCAGCGGCGUUUGAUACCAUCGACCAUAACAUCCUUCUGGACCGUCUUGAGGGGCUGGGAGCUGGGGGCACCGUCAUACAGUGGUUCCGCUCCUUCCUCCUGGGCCGUGUUCAGAAAGUGGGGGGGGGUGAGUGUUCAGACCCCUGGGCUCUCACUUGUGGGGUGCCUCAGGGUUCUGUCCUCUCCCCCAUGCUUUUCAACAUUUACAUGCAGCCACUGGGAGAGAUCAUCAGGAGGUUUGGGCUGGGUGUUCAUCAGUAUGCGGAUGAUACCCAGCUCUACCUCUCUUUUAAAUCAGAACCAGUGAAGGCGGUGAAGGUCCUGUGUGAGUGUCUGGAGGCGGUUGGAGGAUGGAUGGCGGCUAACAGAUUGAGGUUGAAUCCUGACAAGACAGAAGUACUGUUUUGGGGGGACAGGAGGCGGGCAGGUGUGGAGGAUUCCCUGGUCCUGAAUGGGGUAACUGUGCCCCUGAAGGACCAGGUGCGCAGCCUGGGUGUCAUUUUGGACUCACAGCUGUCCAUGGAGGCACAGGUCAAAUCUGUAUCCAGGGCAGCUGUUUACCAGCUCCAUCUGGUACGUAGGCUGAGACCCUAUCUCCCUGCAGACUGUCUCGCCAGAGUGGUGCAUGCUCUGGUGGUGCAUGCUCCAGAGAAGCGGACACGGAGCAAUGGAUCCAAACUACAAGAAAGAAGAUUCCACCUAAACAUUAGGAAGAACUUCCUGACAGUAAGAGCUGUUCGACAGUGGAAUUUGCUGCCAAGGAGUGUGGUGGAGUCUCCUUCUUUGGAGGUCUUUAAGCAGAGGCUUGACAACCAUAUGUCAGGAGUGCUCUGAUGGUGUUUCCUGCUUGGCAGGGGGUUGGACUCGAUGGCCCUUGUGGUCUCUUCCAACUCUAUGAUUCUAUGAUUCUAUGGUUAUCUCCCGCUUGGACUACUGCAAUGCGCUCUACGUGGGGCUACCUUUGAAGGUGACCCGGAAACUACAACUAAUCCAGAAUGCGGCAGCUAGACUGGUGACUGGGGGCGGCCGCCGAGACCAUAUAACACUGGUCUUGAAAGACCUGCAUUGGCUCCCAGUACGUUUCCAAGCACAAUUCAAAGUGUUGGUGCUGACCUUUAAAGCCCUAAACGGCCUUGGUCCAGUAUAUCUGAAGGAGCGUCUCCUCCCCCAUCGUUUUGCCCGGACACUGAGGUCCAGCUCCGAGGGCCUUCUGGCGGUUCCCUCACUGCGAGAGGCCAAGUUACAGGGAACCAGGCAGAGGGCCUUCUCGGUAGUGGCGCCCGCCCUGUGGAACGCCCUCCCAUCAGAUGUCAAAGAGAUAAACAACUACCUGACAUUCAGAAGACAUCUGAAGGCAGCCCUGUUCAGGGAAGUUUUUAAUAUGUGACAUUUUAGUGUAUUUUUCAUCUUUGUUGGAAGCUGCCCAGAGUGGCUGGGGAAACCCAGCCAGAUGGGCGGGGUACAAAUAAUAAAUUAUUAUUAAUAUUAUUAUUAUUAUUAUUAUUAUUAUUUCUACUUCUUGAUCGUAGGUUUUUAACACAAGCAACACAGCUGUAUGAUGCAUCACAGAUUGCCAGCAUAGGAUACAUCUUGUCCACUGCAAUAGCAAUUACUGCAGGUAAAAGAAAUAAGGAAAAAUAACCUAAACUGGUGGUUGGAGCAAGUCAACAAAGUUCUGUGGCCUGAGAUGGGCUCCUAAGAAAAUAAUGGCUGAUGGGAGUUGCUGUCCAAAACAUCUGGAGGGCACCAGGUUGACAAAGGCUGGAUUACAGCAUAGCAUAGUUUCACUGGGAAGGGCCGUAGCUCAAUGGGCAGAGCACGCAGAAGGUCCAAAUUCAAUCCCCAGCAUCUACAGGUAGGGCUGAGAGAGACCCCGUUGAAGCCCUGGAGAUCUGCUGCCAGUGAGUGGAAACAGUACUGAGCCAGAUGGAUCCAAAGGUCUGAUUCUGUGUAUAAGGCAGCUUCCUAUGUUCCACUUAGGCUCACGCCCAGAGUGUAGUUUGCAUUCAGAAGCUCAUUCUUGGAAAGAGAUAAUGUUUUAUGUGACACAUUCAGUAUACUUUCUGAAAACAAGCCAAGGAUCUCAAGGAUCUCAAGUUUGCCAGUAGUGAAGGGAAGGGAUAAACAAGGGUAAUAAGGGAUGACUACCAGAUGCCAGGAGUGAAGGUUUAACUCGGCCUUUGGCCAACUGUUGCCCUCCAGGUCUUUGGAACUACUACAACUCCCAGCUGCUUCCCAUGCGUAAUAUAAAAUGAAAUAACAGAUGAUUAGCUUUUGUCUAGCAAUUGGCAAAAACUUUGUGUUUGAAGAUGCUGUAUGUCAUGUUUCCAUUUCCCCCUCCCUCCUGGGUCAGGUGCGACCUUCUACUUGGACUUCAUUGGAGAAGACAUACUUCAUAUAUGCAUGUUUGCCUUGGGGUAAGUUUACAGUAUUGAUUUAGGGGUAGUGCAGUGUGCUAUUAUUUUGGGAACUUUUGCUUCAUCAUUGCAUUUUACAUAAUCUGGGUGGGGCAGACGGGAAUUCCCAAUUCUUAGCACCUCAAAGCCUUAGUAGCUGCCUUAGUCCAAACUUUGCUGUCCUGGUGCCCUCCAGACAUUUUGGACUACAACUUCCAUGAGCCCCAGCUAUCACACGUGUAAUGUGACAUUAUUAAAGACCAGCAAGUUGUCAGUUCUUAUGAUCCAGAGAGAGUUUUCUUUUAUGAGCAGUCUCUCUCUCCCUCUCAAGGCAGAAGGGACUUCUCUUUCUCUCUAUUACCUCCUGACCCAAACCAUUCUGUCCCAUCUUGGCGGAUGUUGUAAGCCAAGAAAGGCAGGCAUUUAUUUAUUUAUUUAUUUAUUUAUUUACGGCUAUUAGCCCAUAAAGUAUGUACAAACAUAAAAGCACAGAGGCAUAAAGACUAAUAUAUUCGGCACCAGAAGGUGAACACCAUGAUGCAGGGGUGGGUCAUUGAGCAGAGCCAGAUAACAGCUUGGGGCCCGGAGAGCUCCAAGGGACGGAUCCCAGAAAAGGAGAACUGAAGACGGGAUCCGACAUGCACUCUCUUCAAAACUGACCGAUUAGUUUUUGAUGUUGUUGUUUUUGGUGGUUUUUGUGUGUGAGAUAACUGCAUUCAGGAAUCUCGCCACCUGCAGAGUUACAGAAGGAUCUGUAUCCUGCAAAAGUAGUGCGGCAUGUGACUCAGCAGGCCUGCCAACCAAGCGCAGUAAAGCAGGGCCCAGGAAUUUAGUCCUGGCUAUGCUAUGUCGGGGACAGUUGAACAUUAUAUGUGAGAGAGAAUCAACAGUUUUCCCGUCACACACGCAUAGCGGAGACACCAAACCCUUGGAAAAUCUGUGACUCAGCAGGUUCGAUGGAAAGACAUUGAACCUUGCACGAAUAAAUGCAUGUCGGUGUGGUACAGAUGAAAGAGAUGACAUGUAUGAUGGAAGGCCAAGUGGUGAGGUUAUUCCGUGAUACCUGGGGAGCAGACACCCUCACCCCGGCGAGGUUGUGUUGAUUUUCAAUGUCUGCUAAUCUCUGCUCAAUAAGUCUUUUGGCUGAGCGUAAGUUCAUCUUUAAGGAGUCCGCUGGGGAAAUUCCGAUGCUCAGAAGUUUGGCAUGGAUUUUUCCUACCGAAAGGCAGGCAAGCAGGUGGUAAGCCACAUUUCUCCCUGUACUUUGUCUCCAUCCUGAGCAGGCAGGCCUUGGCAUUUAAGCUAAUCCUGAAAAGAAACCUGAGUUAAUGGUGCUCUGGGCUCCUUUCACUAGUUCUGCCGUAGACAAAGUGGUGUCCAAGUUGCUAUGUAUACAAGCAAUUUUAUGGUGGUGGUUGUUAAGAUUUUUAUUUUUACCCCACCCAUUCUCCCAAAGUUGCCCAGGGCAGCAAACAAUAAAGUAGUAAUACAAUUUAAAAUAAAGUGAAAACAUUUUAAAAUAUCAAAAUCGAAAAAUGUUUAAAAACAGUAACAUAUAGCCAAUGAUUGUACAGUUUCGUUCUCAAAGCAGGCUGCAGAAUUACGAUCUCGUUGCAGGAACUCGUUUUAUUUUAGUGCAGUCUACAAAUAGCGCUUGCAUAGCACAAUGUUACACCAGCGAGCUCUUUACUAGAACUGUUUACAGUAUUACUUUGCCUCAUGAACUGCAUUGGUCAGUAGGAAAACAGCUUUUUCAGCCUUUUUAAGCAAUAACCGGCUAACAUGAGAUCAAGUUGUUGUUUAAAUUCCUUUGCUGUCAGCUUCUUUGCUCCUUCUGUUAUUUCACAAAGCAAUUGUAUUCUCUGAUUCCCCCACCCACCCAGGUGCCUCAUUGCAUUUUUAGGCGUCUUCUUGAUCACUAGAAACAAGAGGAAAUCAAUCUUUUUCGAACCGUACAUCUCCAUGGAUGCUAUGCCAAGUAAGGCAAAAAAAAAAUAAAUCUUUCUUUUCAUGAGCAAGUUAAUAGUGACACAUUUUUAAAAAUGUCAUCUGCCUGUCUGGCCCCAGCUGCAUUACAUAUUUAAAGCAGUAUUCUAUCACUUUCAACAGCCACGGCUUCCCUUCAAAAAUCCCCAGAACUGGUUUAAUUGGGUCUGUUUUCUGGACAAUUAUCAAUCAAUCAUUUUACUUGUAUGCUGCCUUUCCAAAGUUAAAGUUAUGCUCGAGUCGGCUUACAACAUAUAAAAAAAAUCACGUAAUUACAAACAUAACAAAAGUAGUCAAACAAUAUGCAAAACAUCAAAAAGAACACGACCAGAUUGAACAAUUUCCACAUAAAUCAUACAAUCAAAAAUAAAGAUACAAAAAAUAACAGCAACAACAGCAACGGACCCCAAACAAUACCCUUUCCCCCAGAUAAUACCCCAGUCCAAUACAGUGGUACCUUGGGUUACAGACGCUUCAGGUUGCGUGUUUUCAGGUUGUGCACCGUGCUGAACCUGGAAGUACCGUAUCGGGUUACUUCCGGGUUUUGGCGCUUGCACACGCACAGAAGCGCUGAAUCGCGACUCAUGCGUGCGCAGACGUGGCGCUGCGGGUUGCGAACGUUUCUCCCGCACGGAUCAUAUUCACAACCCGAGGUUCCACUGUAUUCUAUUCAGCAGCCUCAGCUUUUGUAGCUGGAGCCAGCCAGAGCCUUGUCCUCUCUCCCCUAAUGGUGUCCCUCUUGGUGGUGACUGAGCCAUCCAAUUUGCCUAGAAUAGGUCUGAGUAACCUGUGGUUCUCCAUUUGCUGUGGACUCUAACUCCCAUCACCAGCAUGGCCAGUGGUCAGGGAUGAUGGGAGUUGGAGUCCAACAUCAUCUUGGCUGGCUGCAGCUCAGCCACCCCUGGCCUAGGAAGUUUUCAGUUGUUUGUGGUCUUGACAUUUACUAUUACUUAUUAAGAAACAAAGGGAUGCGGGUGGUGCUGUGGGUAAAACCUCAGCGCCUAGGGCUUGCCGAUCACAUGGUCGGCGGUUCGAAUCCCCGCGGCGGGGUGAGCUCCCGUCUUUCGGUCCCAGCUCCUGCCCACCUAGCAGUUCGAAAGCACCCCUAAAGUGCAAGUAGAUAAAUAGGUACCACUUUAUAGCGGGAAGGUAAACGGCAUUUCCGUGUGCUGCGCUGGUGCCGGCUCGCCAGAGCAGCUUCGUCACGCUGGCCACGUGACCCAGAAGUGUCUCCGGACAGCGCUGGCCCCCGGCCUCUUAAGUGAGAUGGGCGCACAACCCUAGAGUUGGACACAACUGGCCCGUAUGGGCAGGGGUACCUUUACCUUUACCUAUUAAGUAACAACUUACACUAAAUAUUGCUUAAGGAGAGGAAUAUCAGCUUAUUUUAAUUCUUUCACAAUUCUCAAGUAACAGCCAUAGAAUGAUUAUGGAGACACUUAUAGGGAGUUGCCUCACGUAAAUCAGGGAUUGAGAAGCUUUGGCCCUUCAGAUGUUACCGAACUCCAGCUCCCAUGAUUCCCAGCCACCAUGGCCAAAAAUCAAUGGAUGGUGGGAAUUCUAGCCCAACAAUAUCUGGAGGGUCACAGGUUCCCCAACCCUUCCGUAAAUGAAGCCCUUUAUUUAUUAUUUGGUGUCUUAUUAUGCAAAAGAUCCCAAGUUCAAUUCCUGUCAGUUGCCAAGUGAAAAGGACCUUGGGUGGUAAGGCUGGAAAAGAUGCCAACCUGAGGCCCUGGACAGCUGCUGCUGGUCAGAGGAUGUGGCACUAGGCUAGACAGAUCAGUGUUCUGAUUUAAUAUAAACCAGCUUCGUAUGAUUAUGUGCAUAAGUGGGAAAGAAAGCAGUUUAUAGUCCCUCACCCCCCCCCAAAAAAAGCCUCUUUCAAAUGAUGUAUUUUCCCUCCCUUCUUGUCUGUAGGCAUGCAGAAUUUGCAUGACAACGGAACGGCAGUUCAGCCUGAGCUCAAAACGUCAUUUUCCUAUGGUGCCCUGGAGAACAACGACGCCAUCUCUGAGAUCUACGCACCUGCUACGUUGCCGAUAGUGCAGGAGGAACAUGGUUCGAGGGGGUCAUCUGUGCCUCCCUACCGGGUCAUGGAGCAUGGCAAAAGGGAGUGA